AGCUCGCAUUAGUUAGCCAAGGGAGAGAAGAAGAAAAACAAGAAGAGGAGGAGUAUAGUGAUGGCUGUGACCGACAUUGCAGAGGAUGACCUGGAUGAGAUGAUGCGCGAGGAAGCGGAGGAUGUCUUCACUGACGACGGAGUGUCGUCCCGCGUCCCAGAGAUCAUGGCGGCCGGCACCCACUCCCCUGGAGGGCCCAAUGGCAUAAUCCGGAGUCAGUCCUUUGCAGGUUUCAGCACGCUACAAGAGAGACGCUCUCGGUGUAACUCCUUCAUGGGGAACUCUGCGGUGCAGAAGAAGCCCCAGUCCAAGCCAAAGAAGCCCCACCUGUCGGGACACAAGGGGGGCAGCAGCUCCAGAGACCCACAGCCCAAAAGACUGGAGGAGGUUUACAAUGCACUCAAACAAGGCCUCGAUGAGUAUCUGGAAGUUCAUCAAACAGAGCUGGACAAACUUAUGUCUCUGAUGAAGGACAUGAAGAGGAACUCUCGCCUGGGAGUGCUGUACGAUCUUGACAAGCAAAUCAAAACCAUUGAGAGGUACAUGCGACGUCUGGAGUUUCACAUGAGCAAGGUGGACGAGCUGUAUGAGGCCUUUUGCAUCCAGAGCCGUCUGAGGGAAGGUGCCAGUCGGAUGAAGCAGGCUUUUUCAUCCUCUCCUUCCACUAAAGGCACAAAGGAGAGCAUUGCAGAGGUCAACCGCCGCUACAAGGAAUACACUGAGAACAUGGGCACGUUCGAGAGCGAGCUGGAGAACUUGCUCGGGGAAUUUCACAUCAAAAUGAAAGGUUUGGCAGGCUUUGCUAGGCUCUGUCCUGGAGACCAAUAUGAGGUAAAUCUUCAUCGGUGGAAGCUGAAGGGAAGGAUUGAAGUGAACUCCAGGCAGAGUUGGGAUGGAGAGGAGAUGGUCUUCAUGCCUCUCAUCACAGACCUUAUUAACAUCAAGGUGACUGAGCUGAAGGGUCUGGCCACUCACAUGCUGGUAGGCAGUGUGAUCUGUGAGACCAAGGAGCUGUUCACCGCCAUGCCUCAGGUGGUGGCGGUGGACGUCAACGACCUUGGGACCAUCAAACUCAAUCUGGAGGUCACCUGGUAUCCUUUUGAUGUCGAGGACCUGACUCUUUCAUCUGGGAACGUGAGCAAAGCUACUGCGCUCCAGAGACGAGUGUCUGUCUACAGCCAGGGCACACCGGAGACCCCCACCUUCCAGGACACCUCCUUCUUUUGGCGGCCAUAUCCCGUGGAGCACCAGCGCCCCUCCUUCCUGCACAUGCUCCGCGACACCCUGCUUGAGAAGCUGAGGCGCAGUCGCUCGUUUGGUGACCUGGCCUCUCUGCGGCCAAGGCCCAAAUCCAGUCUGGAGGUCUAUGCCACUUUACCAGACGACGUCUUUGAGAACGGUGGCUGCGGGGUGGCCGAGUGCAAGCGUCUCUCCUUCACCUUCUCCGACACCUCUGGUUCCACGCCCAGCCCGAGCCCCGCCCCCAGUUCCCACUCCCAAAGCCAGUCCAACCCCGAGAUCACGGUCACUCCUCCAGAAACAGAGGCACUUUCUUCACAUAUUCUCCCAACGAGGGAAGACUCUAUCGCAGAGGAGCAUUUAGAGGAGGAAGAUGAGGAGGAGGAGGAGGAGGAGGAGGGGGGGUAUGAGGAGGAGGAUGGGGAGACAGGGAGUAGAGGAAGUAGGGGCACAAGCGGCAGCCUUGCCAGCAAUGAAGCCGAGGCGGCGGAGGACUCGGAGUGGGAGAGAACAGAGUCACAGAGAAACUCUGGGUCUAACUGUGGAUCGGCUGCUCCGUCGUCGCUCUGCUCCGACAGUCACCUCUCCACCGUGGCUCCCGAGGACGUUUUCUUUGACCACGUCGAUGAACUCAAACCCGUGGAGUUGGACACAGAGGAGGCAGGGAGUCUGACCCGGCAGCUCGUGAAGAGGCUGACCUCUUCAGAGAUCGUGUCGUCGAGCGGGAGCUCUACGGAGGGAGGAGGAGGAGGGAGUCUGAGCUGGGCCGGAGAGGGGAGCAGGGCCUUCCUGGAGAGCAGCUUGGAGGAGGCCAUCCACAGCCUGUUAAUGAGACUCGAGUCACUGACCCACCGCUGCAGCGAGCUGCAGGACCUGGAGCAGGAAGUGAUGCGUCUGGAGGACCUGCUCAAGUGCCGUCUCCCGGGUCACAGGAGCCGCUCCUCCAGCCUCAGUCUGACGGUGGAGAGCGCCCUGGAGAGCUUUGACUUCCUCAACACGUCCGACUUCGAUGACGAGGACACUGGAGACGACAACGCCAUCCUCUGCCUCCCACAGAGGUCGCCACUUUUUGAUACAGACGGGGAAAGAAUCGGUGGGCAGCAUCCAGAAGCCAGAGGACACCUGAGUGAAGCCUUGACAGAGGACACAGGAGUGGGAAACAGCGUGGCAGGAAGUCCCCUGCCGCUUACCACGGGGAACGAGAACCUGGAUGUAGCUAUUGUCAUCCACCUCCAGUACUGCAAUCACAUCAUACAGUUGUUGAGCGGUGGGGUGAGUGUGUGGCAGCGUCGCAGUCUCCUCCUCAAACUCUCUGCACAGACUCAGCUGUUAGAGGAGCUGGCAGAGAUCAGUGUGGACAGACUGGGAGCGAUCACAUCUGCUGCUGACGUCCUCCCGGGCCUGGCUGAGCGCCCGCAGCUGAUGACUCUGUGGUCAGAGUGCAGCGGGUCUGCAGGACUUUUCCACACCACGCUGGACCGAGUGUUCAAACAUAUGAACCAGCACUACACAGCACUGCUGCAGGACAGACACCCACACAGUGCUCACACAGUGAUUGGUAUCGUGGUGGGCGAGAUGGUGGACAGGAGCGACCUGGUGUCGGCACAAAGUCCUCCAGCCGCCGCUCUCUCUCAGGACGUCCUGACCGUGUUUCAGUUCCACAGCUACAUCCUCCAGCAUGAAGUUCAGGACAUGGAGACACACCUGCUGCACCUGGCCAGAGAGGAGCUGUUUGCGGAGGCUCUACACAGUGGAGACUCUUCCUGCUGUCUAGCAGAGAUGGAGGAGGUGCCCGUGUCCUCUCUGUGGCCGAUCAGCAGCACCCUGAGGGCCCUGGCCUCCCUGCUCACAGCGGAGGACCCUCAGGUCAACACGGCAGCAGCCGACUACCUCUCUGCAGGAGCAUCACGCAGCCACUUCAGGAACAGGGCGGUGGAGUGCUACACUCAGGCGCUGUCGGAGGCUGGAGGUCAGAGCCAGAGGGCGGCCUGUUCAGCACUGAGCUGCUUGCAGGCAGUAGAAAGCAUCAGGGCGGUUGUAGCACUCUGUGACUCAGCUGAUGAAGAGCUUCGCCAUGUCGCCAUAGAAACCCUGCUCACAUUUGGUGAGGAGGGGCGUCUGGCGUACGAGCAGCUGGACACAGUGCCGAGGGAGAUUAUCCGUCUGGGCAUGCGGCGAGGAAACGCCGUCACCACUGCCUUCUGAGCCACUGUGCCACCAAAACACACAACAGAUCUCAUCUCAGCCCAGCCUCUGAGGACAUCACUGCCCCUCGGCUUCACCUCCACACCGCACCGCACACCUCACAGGGCUGUUAACGACUGAUCACUUUUUUUUCUUAAUCUGUUGAUUUUGGCACAGACUAAACAAUCUCCACUAUAAGAUCACUGUUCUUACUUAUACUGCUUCCUGAUAGGAAAUAACACCAAAUAAACGAUCUUAACCACAAAGACACACACAACCUAUAACCCUCCUGCACACAAACACACACCCCUCAUUCCCCAUCUUCUCCAUCCCCCUCCUCAACCUCUCCCUGCCUCCUGAGCCAGGCAGACCGCUCAUGUUGAGUUUAACUGGAUUACACGAGUUUGACUGGAUGACAAAGCCGAUGAAAGUCACUUCAAAGACUCUGGACACCAGAACUUGAGAAAUGCAUCUUCACAUUACCUUUUCCAACGAGCUAUCAACCACUGCACACAACACUUGUAUCACUUACUCAGAUUAAUUAUCAUCUUGAUUGUUACACAGUUGGUUGUGUCAGGCAGUAUUCUAACUUUGAUCUUUGUAUAAUCACUGUUUAUCAAGUUUUAGUUUGUUGUUUUUUCGGCGCUUUCGAAAGAUUUGCACUGUUGUAAAGCAUGUAAAUAUGGCAUAUUUUACACCGCUGGUGUAAUAUAUGUGCUUGUAUUUAAAAUACUUUUUUUAAGUUCUGUUUUCUAGUACGUUCCAUUUUUGAGUUUCAGGGAUUCUUGUAUGGCUGAAGGAUGUGUGUUUUGUGGCAAGGAGGACCAUAAAUAUGUUGAGAAUGGCUUUUUUAGGGGAAGUGGUGCAGUUUAAAAAAUCCCCAGUUUACGCUUGGCUAUGCUAAGCUAAGCUAGUUGAGGAAAAGAUUAAAAACACUGGUGAAAGAGGUCAGCACAGUACCCUCAAAACUCAGCAGUUUAUAUCAGAUUUUUCUCAUACUUGCAGUUGAACAAGUGCAAUUUUUUUGUACAUACGUGACUCUUUUGCACCGAGUAUUUGAUAAAGUUAGCUUCGACCAUCUGAGCCUUGAUGUGGUUGAGCUGGCGGGCUCCACAAGUUCACCCUUUUUGUAAAUGUGUUUUUUCCUAGCAGGUACAGAGCCAGUCGAGGGCAAUAAAUUCUGGUUGAGGAUGAUGAACUUUCUCACAGCUGUACAGAGAGUUUCAGAGUUGGUUGUGUUAGCCUAAUUGCACAUUCAUUGAGUUUGUGAGCUAGUAGCAGGACAAGGUAUUUUCUUUGAGAAGCAGCAGAAUGAAGUUUUUUUGUUUGGUAUGUCUUUGGUCUGUUUUAAAUCCUCAUAUUCUAACUGUGAUGUGGGAAAAACUGACCCGAGGUAAACGCCUAGUCCCAACUACUGAGUCUUGUGCUAGUGCACAGCGACAAAACUCACUUUUUGUUCACACGUUGUAUUUAUUAUUCACUCCUUCUUAAAGCUAAUAUUUUUUUGGAGCUAUACUGUAAUAGUGCAGAAGGCAUUGUUAUGUAAAUGAGUUGUGUAUUUAUGUUCAUUUUGGAGCAGGUCUAGUAUUUGAAAUAUUGUUUAUUGUUGAGAAAAAAAAGGACUCCAUGUUAUUUCCUUGCAAAUUAUUUAAUGCGUGACUUAAAUCGGAGUUUAUUUUGAAUGGAUUAUAAUAGAUAAAUUAUUUUGGAGAAUAGUCUGAUGGUAUGGUAGGUUUCUUAUCCCAUUAAAGGUCCCAAAUUAAUGAGACAUUAUAUAUUAGAAAUGUUACUUUAUUACUUAGAGGAUUUACUAUAACCAAAGGAAGAUUUAAUUUUUAAACUGGUCUUUUAAAAAAACGCUCAUAAUUCAUUAAGGAGAAUGUAUUUUCAACACACUAUUUGCAUUUUUGGCCAGGAUACUCAGACUUAUCUUUAGAAGCACAACUUAAUAAGACAAACCCAUAACAUAAGAACGUGUUACAUUUGGUUCUAACUGCACAGUCCGAAAGCCAUACUGAUUAAAAACAAGUGGUAAUAUUUUUAUGAAAUGUAUUUUUCUUUUGUAUUAUAACCUGUAAAUGUGUGAAGUUGUUACUAAAAGCUGCAAAUGUUUUGUUUUUUUUCCCUUACAGCCUUUUGAAAAACAUGGUCCAUAUUUUAAAUAAUGAAUUUUAUUUCUUCCAUAACGUGAAUAGCAUUAGAGUAUUUUGGUUCAGUAUCUAUUUCAUCCACUCAUUCAGUGUUUCUUUCUUGAGUGAGCUACUUUCUUUUACAAACUUGCAGCAGAUCAGUGUUAAGAUAAGUUGACUUGUUGGCUGUUCAACACUGUUAACUAAGUUGUCAGAAUGUGCACACAAACACAUCUAGAGACUUAAUUACUCUUUAUACAUUUGCAGAAAUUGAUCCUGUUCAAUCUCAGGAUCAAUAUAUCAAUAGCUUCUGUUUAGGUCUAUUUAGUUGCAUACUAUUCUUAUCUGCUGUCAGUAUUUCCUCUGUUCAUUAACAGCAGUUGCAAUAAAGUUUAUUUUUGCAUAAUUUAA